AUGGCUGACGCUACCGAUAUGGACAUCGACGAGCCCGGCUCCCCGCAGGAGACGGCCCAGGCCAAGGUCAGCGACAUGCAGACGCACACCAAGGCCACCGCCGUGCGCUCCAUCGAGGGCUGGAUCGUCAUGGUCACCAACGUGCACGAGGAGGCCGACGAGGAGGCCCUCCACGACAAGUUCGCCGACUUUGGCGAGAUCAAGAACCUGCACCUCAACCUCGACCGCCGCAGCGGUUACGUCAAGGGCUACGCCCUCAUCGAGUACCCGACGCUCGCCGAGGCGCGCGCCGCCAUCGACGGCGCCCACGGCACGAAACUGCUCGACCAGACCAUCGGCGUCGACUUCGCCUUCGUGCGCCCGCCCCCCGGCAAGGCGAACCGCGGCGGGCGCCAAUCCCACCGCGGCGGCCGGGGCCGCACUCGCAGCCGCAGCCCGGAGGGGAACAAGGGCGACGAGGCGGACUGA